UUGGCCCAAAGUCUGUCGGAAGCUGCGCGGUGAUUGGCCCAGGCGCCCGUCACUCACUGCCGGGCGCAGUUGACUUUUGCUGUAAAGGCGGCGGCGUGAGGAAGGAGAGCGGCGCCGGUAGAGCCGGGCGGUGCCCUCCGAGCGGAGCGAGUGACCUCUACCUCCCUCGUCUCGCCGCCGUCCGGACCCCUGCACCGUCGCCCCCGGAGGGAGCACACAUGCGCAGCUGGAAGCUGAUGGACGUUGUGCGGGCCGGAGGCAGGGAUGGUCGGCUAUGACCCCAAAGCCGAUGACAGGAGCGUCUCCAAGUUCGAGGCGGCAGCGGCCGGCUCUGUGUCCGGACUCGCCACGCGGGCGCUGAUCAGCCCCUUGGAUGUCAUCAAGAUCCGUUUCCAGCUUCAGAUCGAGCGCCUGUCUCCCAGCGACCCCAGUGCCAAAUACCAUGGGAUCCUGCAGGCGGCGAGGCAGAUCCUGCGGGAGGAGGGCCCCACCGCCUUCUGGAAGGGACACGUCCCCGCCCAGCUCCUCUCCAUCGGCUACGGGGCCGUCCAAUUCCUGUCGUUUGAGAUGCUGACGGAGCUGGUGCACAGGGCGGGUGUGCACGACGCCCGCGACUUCUCCGUGCACUUCGUGUGCGGCGGCCUGUCCGCCUGCGUGGCCACGCUGGCCGUGCACCCCGUGGACGUGCUGCGCACCCGCUUUGCAGCGCAGGGCGAGCCCAAGGUGUACCGGACCCUGCGGGCCGCCGUGGCCACCAUGUACCGGACGGAAGGCCCCCUGGUGUUCUACAAAGGCCUGAACCCCACCAUGAUGGCCAUCUUCCCCUACGCCGGCUUCCAGUUCUCCUUCUACAGCUCCCUGAAGCGCGUGUACGAGUGGGCCACGCCCGCCGAAGGCAAGGGAAACGGGAACCUCAAAAACCUGCUCUGUGGCAGUGCCGCGGGAGUCAUCAGCAAGACCCUCACGUACCCCCUGGACCUCUUUAAGAAGCGGCUGCAGGUCGGAGGGUUCGAGCAGGCCCGAGCCAGCUUCGGCCAGGUGCGGCACUACCGCGGCCUGCUGGACUGCGCGGGGCAGGUGCUGCGGGAGGAGGGCGUGCGGGGCUUCUUCAAGGGCCUGAGCCCCAGCCUGCUGAAGGCCGCGCUGGCCACCGGCCUCAUGUUCUUCUGGUACGAGCUCUUCUGCAGCCUCUUCCAGCGCGUGAGGAAGGCCGACAGCUAGCGGCCGCCACGGCCCGGUCUCCCCCGAGCCAGCUCCUGCAGUGAGACUCCACCGGCCACCUCGGCUGCACCGAGGCCCUCCGGCCCCUCCCGGCCCCUCCGGCCGGCUGUCCGAGCCCGGAGGCCGUCCCGGCCCCUUCGGCCGGCCGAGCCCGGAGCACCCAGAGGCCCGGAGGCCGCAGCCUCCACCCACCAGCCUGGAUGCCACCGGGAGGGCCAGGGCGUUCUCCCUGCGGACACGGGGGAGGGGGCUGAGGGCGUGGUGGGGUCCCAGCCGCUCCAGUCCAGCUUGAAGUCUCCCUUCCGUCUGGCCCGCAGCCUGAGGCAGGGCUGGGACUUUUUCCUGCCGGGGGCCAAGUGGACCUGUAUAACGGCCUUCGCUGGCCACUCAGAAUUACCAUCGUAAGCGUGCGCCUGCGGGGUUCGGUCAGACAUAACUCGCCCUGAUGCCGCGGCAGGCGGGGCCCAGGGCCUCAUGCGUCUCCAGCCCCGGUCCAAGGGAGCAGCUGCACUCAGCCCUCCGCCUCCGGCUCCCCGACCCCGGCCGGGCCGCAGCUUAGGUUGACUGAGGCUGGGACUCGCCAGGGGCGGGGGCGCUGGCUCCCUCCAGCUUGUUUAAUGGACACGGAGGCCAAAGUGCAUUCCUCACCUCACCCCUCCGCCUUCUCUCCCGGACACCAGCCGUGCCCCGCCCUCCCCAGAUUCCACUUCCUCAGGGGGGGGGGGGGGGGGGGCUCCGGCAGCUGGGCUUCUGGUUCUGGCGGAGGAAUCCAAGCUGAACCGGUCACCUUCUGACCACCCCGCCCCCGCCCCCGCCCCCGCCGGACAGCCACGGCCGGGCUGGGAAGGCAGACACCGCAGCCCCGCGGGAGGGGGCGCAGUGCUGAGGGGGGCGGGUGGGUGAAGGCAGCCGACCUGGGACGGCUCCGGGUGGGGCCGGGCAGCCCUCUGGGUGGGAAGGGGCACAGCUGGGCCAGGGGCUGAGCAUCAGCUGCCCUCAGCGCCUUCCCGGCUCGGCGUGUGGCCGUGUGUCUCCUCUGCCCCCCCAGAGGGGCCCGCUGUGGCGCAGCCCGGUGAAUGGGGGGCAGAGGGAAGAGGGGGAGCAGCCCCGUGAGGGGGCACAGGUGCCCCGGGGAGAGGAGCAGAGGACCCAUCCCUCCAGGCGCGGGAGACACUCCAGCUUCUAGAGAAGAGAAUAUGAAACAGCCACCUUCUCCCAGACCUCCCAGCCGAGGGGCACCCACCUGUGGGGGGCUCCGCAGUGGGCGCGGGACCCCGCCUGCCCCCUCCCCUCCGGCUCCGGCUCCAGCCACUGUCUCAGGAAGGCGCCAGCUGGGAGCAGGCCUGGCGUGGGGGCCCUCUCUCCCGGAGCCUGGCCCCUUCUCUCCUGUUGCAGUUCCCUGCCUCGGCUGGGCCUUCGUGAUGCUGGGACCCCGAAUCCUGAAGCUCGCCUGCCCUUGGCUGCGGGUUAUGAAGGUGCAGGCUGUGACCGGAGGGCACUGGGACACCCGCCGGGGUUUGGGCACUGAAGUCCUGGGCCUGGCGCUGCGGGAGGGAGCGGCCUGAAUGUAUUUUCUACAAAAUCCCAUCGAAGUAAACUAUUUCUUCACC